AUGAAUCCUAGCAUCACAACUGUCAAUGAAAAUCAAUACUUGAAGCAAAUCAAGUCAAGUAGAUUAACUAAAAAGAAGAGAGCAAGAGCAACUCCUGAUCAAGUAUCCGUGCUGGAAGGCGUUUUUGCAAUUAAUAUAAGCCCCAACAGUAAGCUCCGGAGGCAAUUGGCAGAGCAGCUCAAUAUGAAUGAACGAUCUGUUCAAAUCUGGUUUCAAAACAAACGCGCAAAAAUAAAG